AUGAGAGACAAGGAGGGAGAGUUUUAUCUAUCUAUCUAUCUAUCUAUCUAUCUAUCUAUCUAUCUAUCUAUCUAUCUAUCUUACCCUGUUCAGAUGUAUCUGUCUAUCUAUCUAUCCAACACUCUUCAAAAUCAUGUUUAUUCAUUCAGUGUUUUCAGUUUUUUAACAAUGUUUUUUUUUUUUUUCGAUACUGUAACCUAUAUCUUUUUUUCUUCCUUUUCAUUAUGUCUUUUUUCUUCAGUUGCUAGUGAUUUUCGUUUCCUUUCAUUUUCUCUUUCCUUUUUCAUCUAUAUCUAUGAUCUUUAUGUAUUUUAUCCUGGAUUCUUUUUACUUUUCUUUCUUCCUGUCUAUACAUUUCCCCCCACUUUUCUUGUUUUUCCUUUUCAGUUUUGCCCUUUUUGUCAUCAAUUUUUUUUUCUUUUUUUUUAUCCCUUUUCAUUUUUAGAUUUUUCUUUUUUUUACUAUUCUAUUAUUUUUCUUUUUCUACUUCACCUUUUUUAUUUUUCCUCUUUUCUUCUUUCUUUCUUUCUUUCUUUCUUUCUUUCUUUCUUUCUUUCUUUCCUUACUGCUGUGUUUUUCUUUCGUUUUUCUUCCACUAUUGUAUUCUCUUUUUAUUUGACUUUUCUUUUGGCAUUUUCAUUAACACUUCUACUCAUACUUUUCUAUUCUCUCUUUUUUCUUUUCUGUUUCUUUAUUCAACUUUUCUCUCUUUUUAUUCUCCCUCUUUCUAUCUAUCUAUCUAUCUAUCUAUCUAUCUAUCUAUCUAUCUAUCUAUCUAUCUAUCGUAUUCUUCUUUCUUUCUUUUUAUCUGUUUGCUUUGUCAUUUAG